AAAUCAAAGUAAAAUUUUUUGGGUGAAGCGAAGUCAUGGAAAUCGGCCGAAAGAUUUUUACCCAGUUAAGCAAAGACCCUCUCUCGCCCUCGGGCUCUCAGUGGGACUACUCUCCUCCAUACUCGCUUGAAUGUGGGCAAACACUCUAGGGUUUUCUCUCUCUUGCCUUGCAUGGCAGCUCGUCUUUCAGCCAUUACAUUCACAGAAUUUUGGGAAGUGGUUACCAGAUGCCUCCGGUAGUACUGUAGUAGCAUAUCCUCCUUAAAUAAAAGCACCAUUUUUUGUCAUGGAGAUUGGAGUUGUCUUGGCAUUUUAGUGUGGAGGUUGAAUCAAUAAUUUUUGGAUUGCAACACAAGAUUGCCUCAGACUUCAAGAGGUGAAGUGCUUUUGGAUUGCAAUAUAGAAGUUUCAUGGACUUCGGUGAUGCCUGUUGACAUUAAUUUUAUGCCAAUCUACAGUUGUUCGUCAAAGAAGCUCUUGGAAAGACCUCCUCGGCUGCAUUAUAGUCUGUCUUGCUUCUGGAUGACCUGUUCGACCAUAAAAGUUGUGUGUUUGGAGGGAUGAAUUUUAAGAGUACGUAAUUUCUGUGAUAACUGGGAAUUUUGUGAUUGAAGUUGCGGAGAACUUGUAAUAUAGCACGUGUGUGGAACUUUCUACAGGCCGGAAAUUGAAGAUCGUGCAGUAGAAGAUAUGAUUUCUUGGAACUGAGGUUUCUUAUAUUUUGAAUCCCAUAAGUCCUCGAGAAAUUUUCUUACCUUUCCAAUUUCUAGUGAAUGAAGAUUGGAACAAGCGAGGAACACCGAGGAGAGAGUGAACAUAAGCUCUGCUUAAGCACUUAGCUUAAAAAAACAAAUUCAUAGUGUAGCCGAGCAAAGCGUACCAGUGUGAAGCCUGUGGAUCGUCAAAAAGGGCGUUUUCCUGCUCUGCAUAAAUUUCUUGUUGCAUCCUUUUACUCAACAAGGAGCGGGUUAUGAUAUGUCAAGAUGCUAUUUGAAGAGAUUUGAGGAUAUCCAGUGCAGUGCUUCCUAUAUUCAUAAUUGUUGGCAUGUGAGGAACUCUUGGAUGAUAUUUCAAUCUGGCGUGGCUUAAAGGUUGGUGGGAAAUUGGGCUCUUGUGGUCAUGUAGAUCUAUGGGAUCGAGAGGAAUUAACAUUUGAUCAUAGUGGAUUCAACUGCAUUGAACUUAAGGAAGCUGUGCUGCUGUGUGUGUAAACGACAUGAGCAGAAGCGGCAGAACACGUAGCUCAAAGUCGGAUACAAAAGAAGAUUACCCAGGAGAUACACAGCAUGGUAUCAGGCGUCGGAAACCUGGGGAUUCUUUUUGUUAUAACAAAUCACAAACCAGGAAACAUUUCCCACAGCUUGAUUGUGUUAGUGAUUCAGAACGCAAUGGUGUUGAAUACAGUAACAAAAGUGACAGAGAAUUUCCAGAUGCCGCACUGGCAUGGAAUAGAGAUGGAAGUUACAGCACAAAAAUGUCACCUGGUCUUGAGGACCGGAGGCAACAAUACCACAGUCACUCCCCUCGAACUGGUUUGGGCAGAUCAUACGGGAGUCGGAGCAGGAGCAGGAGUCCGCCAGGUGGUCUUAGCCGGGAAUCAGGAGUGCAUGGAAGAAAUAAUGCAGCUCAAACUUGUAGAGAUUUUGCUGCCGGUAGAUGCAGGAGAGGUGAUCAUUGCCCAUAUCUUCAUCAAGGUGACAGAGAGUACGAGGAUAGGAGAUGUACUGAUGAGGGUUGGACAAAUAGCUGGAAAAGUAGAGACAAGAUGGAAGAUAGGAGGGAGUACUUGCAGAGUAUAGGGAGAUCUAAUGAUCUCUGCAGUGAUUUUAUUAAGGGCAAGUGCUAUAAGGGCAAAUCUUGCCGAUUUUCUCAUAAUGUUGCUUCAGGUAAAGAUUCCGGGAAAGAAGUGUUUCUAGGAAGGGAAAAUUUCGGAAGUAGACAUGCAUGUUUUGACCACAGUAGGUUGCAGGAACCCGAUAAGAGAGGUGAUAUCCCUUGCAUAUAUUUUGCUGUGGGAAAUUGCCGCAAAGGGAAAUUUUGCAGAUUUUCUCAUGAUGGCAAGACUGAAAAUCCCAAUGACAAGUCACAGGAUGAUUGGAGGAGGCCAAGCAGCGAUUCAGAUGUUGUGGAACAAACAGGAGAACAUCUAAGGCAGAGAGGCGCAAUUCUGUCGGACCAUGCAAAGUUGCUUGAGUGGGAUGAAGACAUAUAUGGAAAGGUUGGUGCUCAUGAACACAGAGAUGCUACAUAUCCUAGGGAUGGUAGAUGGGUGGGUAGUUUUAACAUUGGGAACAGAUCAUUAGGUCACCCACCAAAUAACAGUGGAGCAGUAGAUUGCAAUCAUACGGAGUAUCUCCAGCCAAACAACAGAACUACUGCUGGUUCAGGUGGCGUUGAAUCAAAUGGUGCUGAAAGUUGGUUUGCUGAUAUGGAAGUUUCGUCUCCAUGGAAUUCUAGGCAAUCUUCAGGCCAUGUUGUUAAAGAAGAGAGUGGUCAAAUAGGCCAGACAACAUUUAAAUCUUUUCAAAUGUAUGAACAAAACAUAACAGGGGAAAUGUUAGGCCAGAAACAUCAAGCUAUUGCAGCUACGCCAUCAAUGACAUCUGACAAUGUUUAUUUCCAUUCAACAAAAGUUUCGAGAGAAGAUGCAGGUUCUUUUGCAACUAGUGAUUGUCCUGUGUCAAACGUUGAUCCAAAAUAUUCUGCAAUGGAACAGAAUGGUCAUUGUUCAAGGGAGUGUCUUCAGCCAAAAGAUGAAAGUAUUGCAAGUUUGGUUGUCUGUGAAUUAAAGGGUGCUCAAGAUUGGUUUGCUGAUAUGGAAGUUUCUUCCCCAUGGAAUCCUGGGCAAUCUUCAAGCUGCAUUCUUAAACAAGACAGUGGUCAAAUUGCCCAGACAACACAAUCUGUAGUUCCUACUCUGCCGUCUUUACAAACGGAUCUACAAGUCAUAACUGGGGAAAUGUUUGGUCAGAAGCAUCAAGUUGUUGCAACUAUCCCACCAAUGGUAUCUGGAAAAUCUUAUUUUCAAUUGAAACCAAGUUCAAAGGAAGACCCAGGUUCUAUUUCAAGUGAUUAUCCUGUUCCAAGCACCUUUCCAGGAGGACAAAAUCAGCAUACAUUACCUCUUUAUGGUCCUAGAGGUAAAAUUACUAUCAGUGCAGAAAAUCGACCACUUUUUGAGGAUGGAAAAUCACUUGGCAAACCUGAUGCUGUAAGUGGUAACAAAUCAGGACUCCCUACUAAAAUUUUACCAACUCAAAACAUUUUAAGCAGGGAGCAACUUUCACAAUUUGCCAACCUUUCAGCUUUGUCUCAGUUACAUGGAAAUGUUCACCAACUGCCUCAUUUAGGUUCUGUUCCCAAUCCCCCAAAGUCAAUUACAAAUGUGUCGCCCAGUUCCGUUACUGGUUUUGAUAGGCAGUAUGAUCCUCUAAUUGAUAGCAUUGAGCCAGUUCAAUGCCAUAAUAACCUAACCCUUGGAGAAUUAUUGCCAAGUCCUUCGGAAGGAAAAGUCAUUGUUGGUGAUCAACGAGAAGUACCAUCAAAAGAUUUAUUGUCUUCUCCUACUGUUGAGGGAAACAAUGGAACGACAGUGGAGGAAAGCAAAAAAGCACAGGAGAAUGGGUCAUUGGAGAAUGUGAAUGGAGAUGGUAGGAUUGAUGAAGGCGAGAAAAAGAGUAAUGGGAAGGCCAUCCGGGCAUUUAAGUUUGCACUUGCGGAGUUCGUUAAGGAGAUUCUGAAACCAAAGUGGAAGGAAGGUGAAAUUAACAGAGAGUCAUACAAGGCUAUUGUGAAGAAAGUGGUUGAUAAAGUGACUGGAAGCGUCCAAGGGGCUCAUAUUCCUCAGUCCCAAGAGAAAAUUGACAAUUAUCUCUUAUCUUCAAAGCUGAAGGUCACCAAACUUGUAGAGGCAUAUGUGGAGAAACAGCAGAAGAUAAAAACAUAAAGCUCUCACACUGCCUUUCUCCGAGCGCCCCCCCCACUUUUGUCUUCCCUUUUCUUUAUUUUUUUCUUCUUCUCUAUUUUAAACUAUAAUAUACGGCAAACGGAUAAAGCUAUUUCGUGCAUAUUCAAGGUUUUUUAGCCUAAAAAUAUAUAUCUCUCUCUCUCUCUUGCACGUGCGAGCAUGUGUGUAAUGUAUUGGUUUGGAAACAGUUCAGCCAGUCUUUGGACCCCUGCGAACGCGUACAUUAGUGUUCAUUCAUAGCUUCUCUUCAAGAUGUUGGUAAUUUGUUUUUGGUGCAACUGUUCUCAGUGUUCACUCUGUGUUGUGAGAGUGUGCAAAGAGAAGUGACUUGUGGACUAGCAGAAAAUGUCUAUGCGAAAUUUUGGCAAGCUAAAGUACAAGUGACUUUGUGAUUCAUGAAUUACAAGUGUUGCCUGAAGUUUGUCAGAGUUUGGUUGUA